AUGACAGAGGGAUCUUCUGUUAGUGCACAUAUACUCAAAAUGAAACCUUAUGUUGAGCAAAUUGCCUGCCUCAAAUUCGUAUUUGGGGAUGAGCUAGCGACCGAUGUGAUCCUAGCCUUAUUGCCUAAGUCAUUCAACCAAUUUGUGAUGAACUUCAAAAUGAAUGACUGGGAGAGGAGCAUUAAUGAGCUUUACAACAUGCUCAAAAAUGUUGAGGCAAAUAUCAAGAAGUUUGGGAACAAUCAAUUGUUGAUGAUCCGUGAAGGAAAAAUCUCCAAGAAGAAAACUGGUAAUAAUAUUGGUAAGGGGAAAGGCAAAGCUGCCAAGAAAGGCAAGGGAAAGGGAAAGGGUAAAGGGAAGCCUCCUUCCAUUAACCCAAUUCCUAAACCCAAAGCUGCUGCUAACGCUAAUUGCUUCCACUACAAUGAAAAGGCACACUGA